AUGUUGACGAGUGACGAGAUCCUGGAGCAAGCGGCUCGUGAUGGCUCCAUCGACAUAUCCGAAUGGCCACGAGUAUUGGAGAAUAUCCUGCAAAAACUACACAACAUCGUUCAUGACGAAUUCACUACACCAAAGGCUCCAUCACCACCCAACCCUCCAGUUCUGAUACCUGCUGCACCCGUCAUUCUCCCUUCCAACGACGACUCAGUCCGCCCACAAAAGUCGCCCGAACCUACCCUACCAGCGGCAGAGCCCUCUGAACCAGCAUCCACCACCGACAAGGAGAAUGCAGUUCCACGACCACCCGUCCCCUCCUUCGCCGCAAUCCCCCAAGUCCGCCAGCAAUCUCCUCCCUCGCCCCUACCUCCAGAAUUAUACGCUCUCUACAACUAUUCGAGGUCUACCCUCGAGAACAACUUUCCCAACAAUCCGCCAUAUACGAUCCAACGCCUUGCCGAGCUAGUCCUACAUCCAAAGAGAUACUACCGCUACUUGCCGCCCUUCCUACAAGCCCUCGAUCGCGUCGUUUCUGUUACCAGCACUGUAAAUGAGUUCCCGCUAGCUCAUGCCAACAUCGACUCUGCGAGCAAUUUCCUGGCCAACGGCGAGCCCUCCGAGACCCACUCCGAACGCGAAGGCCUUGGAAGUGACGAAAGUCUGGGCGGCGCGUUACUCACUCCUAUCCCCUGGUUGAAGCGCGAGAACGGCCAUCAUGAUUUCCGCAGCGAAAGUUCACAGACCAUAGAAGGUCCCAAUGGCGUUGGCGUCAUUGAAACUGUCUCUGUCUCAAAUGGUGGAUCUGCUCUACCCCAGGAGGAGGACACAAUGAGUCACGAACAACACUUGCGAGCAGAGGGUGGUGUCACACAAGGCGAAUUGCUACGUCAAGAGCAGGAAGCCGGUAUUGUGCCCGUGGGCCAGGAAGUCCCGCGUCGCACUUUGAUGGCUAGUGGUUCGGCCAACGCUGUUGGUAGAGGAGAAAGCACAUUGAUCGCAGAAGAAGAAGCAGGAGAGAAGCCAGAGGAACAUGCCCACGCGCGCGGCCCCGAAGAGAUUGGAGCCGAAGACAUGGGCCCUCAACCGGAAGCAUCCAUUGGCGUCACGAGACCCUUGAACAUGGAGGCUGCAGUUGGCAGAGCUAAGUCGCCAGAAGUCUCACACGAUGAUAAGGAUACCGAAGGCGAUGUUGCCAAAGCAGGCCUGGCUCAAGCCGAAGAGGACAAGAAGGCAGAACCUGAAGAAGAGAAACUGGACCAAAAAGUUGAGCAAGUUGACGAAGAGAUGACAGACGCAUAG